AUGGGCGCGCUGAAGCUGGUUCCUUUUCUGGCCCUCCACGCACAUGUGGCAGCUCGCGACGGCGGGGAGCCCGACGAGGACCCAUGGUUCCGCUGCACCGCCGAAGCCUGGUUUGAUCGGCCAUCUCGGGGCGUGCAUGUGCCACUUUGGGUGCGGGGCCGACGGGCAAAGCGCUUCUUAUCUGGCGGCCCCAAUGUAUGCAUGCUGCUGGCAGAGGGUGUCACGGGAGAGGAGAGAUGUGAGGCGUGUCGCUGGUUUGAUAUCUCUGAUCCCGGUGCAUUAUCCAAGCCGGGCUUCGGCCAAGUGGCAGCCAACAUUUCGGCGGACGAAUGCGCUGAUGGGACCUGGUCGGAUGAAGCCUCGGCGUGGUUGCGCCGCGAUGAGCUGGUCCACAGGCAGAAGUACGUCGGCGCCUGCCUGGUCGCGGAGUCGGACGACGACUGGACUCUGCAGGCGACGUACGUCGCGUGGGCAGCGCUCGCGGCCUCUUGCUGCUACGUCCUCUCCCCGACCUUCCGCCGCUGCCGCCUGCGUUCUGCCGACGACAGCGAGGAGGAGCCACCCCGACGUCGGGAGCCGCCAUGGAUGCCGCCAAAGCAGAGGCGGCCAUUUGCUGAGGAGCCAGACAGCCCGAGUGGGAGUUCCCCAAGCCCUUCAAGGGGGCUCCCUCCGCUCGAUCUAAGCGCACCGAUGCCGUAUGGGCCCACAGCAGCCAGCAUCAUCCUGUCCAUCGACAAGGACCUGGCAGAUAAGAUCAACGCGCCUGAGGACGAGCGGAAGCGCAUCAUGAGAAAGUAUUUAAUGCGUUGGCAUCCAGACAAGAAUCAAGAGGAGUCCAAAGAGACCACCACGGCCGUGAUCCAACACCUCUACGCAAGGAAAGCGUGGUUCCUGGAGGGGGCUGCCAGACUUGAAGUGGUGCCCUUGCUACCCUAG